AUGCCUCGAAUCAUCACAAACGAGACCUACGGUUGCCCUCCGAUACGUGCUUUAACCUUUGAUUCUCUCGGCUUAAUCAAAGUGACUGAAGCUCGAGGUAAAGAGAGAGGAACUCCGACCGUAGUGAACACAUGGGGCGAGAUGAAUGCGAACAGAAGCGUUAUUGCCGCUUCCAUGGAUGACCGGCUAGAUAAUCCGCUUUUGGCUGUGGCAAGAAAAGAUGGCAAAAUUGAGGUUCUUAAUCCUUGUACUGGUGAUCUUCACUUUUCAUACUCUGCAUUUGGUGAUGACGGUUGCUCUCCUGAGGAUAACGAAGUCUCUGGCCUUCACUUAUUCAGGAAACAAAUAGACGAUCAGGCAGAAAGAUCUUGCACAUUGCUUACAUGCACGAAAAAGGGAGAUGUGAGCCUCAGAUCAGUUAAAUUUCCCGCUGAUUCCACGGAUGAAGCUGCUGCUCCCAAAACUUGGAAAGCAUGUGGUACCGGUGAACUUUUGUUUGGUAAAGUGGAUGGCAGCGAAAACUUCGGCUUGUUUGGAGGGAAACGUGUUGAAGCCAAUAUAUGGGAUCUUGAACAAUGUACCAAGAUAUGGAGCGCGAAAUCACCCCCUAAAGACAGUCUUGGGAUCUUCACGCCGACCUGGUUCACUUGUGCUGCAUUCUUGAGCAAUGAAGAUCACCGGAAAUUUGUCACGGGAACCAAAUCUCACCAGGUUCGUCUUUAUGAUGCUUCUGCUCAACGUAGACCGGUCCUGUCCUUUGAUUUCCAUGAGACAGCCGUUACAGCAAUCUGUGAAGAUCCAGAUGGUCAUACUAUCUACGUCGGGAAUGCUUCUGCUGACCUAGCUGCCUAUGAUAUACGAACAGGAAAACUGUUGGGAAGCUUCUUAGGGAAGUGUAGUGGAAGCAUAAGAUCUGUGGUUAGACAUCCACGUCAUCAAGUGAUUGCAUCUUGUGGGUUAGACCGAUAUCUACGGGUUUAUGACGUGAAGACACGCCAGCUCAUCUCUGCUGUUUUCUUGAAGCAGCAUCUUACAGGUCUUGUAUUCGACUCUGGCUUUAGUGGAGAAGAGACGGCUGUAGCAAACACAGUGGUUGAUGAUGAUGCAACAGAGGAGAACAUGACGAUCAUGGAGCAGGAAGAUGAUGAGGAGGAUGAGGAGGAGCAAGAAGAUGAAGCAGAGAAGGCUCCUGUGAAGAAAAAGAAGUCAAAGAAGGAGAAACGCAGUAGAAAAAAGGUCCAGGAAGAUGAUGAUGACGAGGAAGAGAAAGAAGAUGAAACAGAGGAGGCUCCUGUGAAGAAAAAGAAGUCAAAGAAAGAGAAACGCAGUAGAGAAAAAGUCUCAGAAGGUGAAGAGACAGACGAGGUUAGAAGCAGCAAGAAGACACGAGAGCACAAGAAGAAAACCAAGAAAGUGAAACACAAUCAAGAAGACUAG